AUGCUUCCUUCAUCCAAUCAAACCUCUUUAACGAACAAUACAUCAUCAUCAUCAGCAUCCUCUGGUUCCGAAUCAGCUGCCAUCAGUUAUUCAUCCUAUGAAACCUCACCGACCAAUUUUAAUCCACUCAUUGCUCGUAAUAUUGUCAAUUUUUUGAAAAUUGUGAGUAAAUUAAAACACACAUUGCGGACGGGAUGGGUCGAUUGCAAAGUUCAACAUCCGGAAUCUAUUGCUUCACACAUGUAUCGGAUGGGAAUUAUUUCCAUGCUCACUAGAAAUCAACCCAAUAUUGAUACUGAUAAAUGCAUCAAGAUGAGUCUUGUACAUGAUUUGUCGGAGGCCAUUGCAGGUGAUAUUACUCCUCAUGCAGGAGUUUCAAAGGAGGAGAAAUAUCGAUUGGAGAGAGAAGCUAUUGAGAGGAUGAGAAGUACUUUGUUGGAAGGUGUCAAUGGUACAGAUAAAGAGAGUGAGGAAUAUAUUCAAACUGUGAAUGAAAUGUUGAACUUGUGGCAAGAAUAUGAAGAUGGUACCACACCGGAGGCAAUUAUUAUGAAAGAUAUUGAUCGAUUUGAUAUGGUGCUGCAAGCCUUGGAAUAUGAGACUGAGCAGAAUUUACAUCUUAAAACAUUUUAUGAAAGUACCAAGGGUAGCUUUCAAACAGACAUGUUCAAAACCCUUAUGAAAGAGGUGUAUGCCCAAAAAGAUAAACUCGAAGAUCAACGAAGAAACAAGUAG